GGCUGGGGAUGCAGCUCAGUGCAAUGGCCCUGGGUCCAGUCUAGCACUGCAAGGGAGGAAAAAAGCCACUUCCUAGGCCAGACACGACCAUGCCCAGGAGGAUCUUGCUGCUUGAGCCCCUGCUAAGGGGGCUCUGGCAACAGAACUCAGAAUCUUGGGGCUGGGAUGGGCGGGGCCAGCGUUGCUGGGGUGAUGUCCCUGAAGGCCUGGCCCCACAGAGGUCCAAGAGCCUGGGAAGGCAACAUGGUGGGCUUGGGGAUCCUGGUGUUGGGCCUCCUAUUGCUGAUGCAGGGCUCAGUUGGUGGGAUCGGCAUCCACGGAUUCUUCUAUCCAUGGAGCUGUGAGGGUGAUGUGUGGGACCGGGAGAGCUGUGGGGGUCAGGCGGCCAUUGAGAGCCCCAACCUCUGCCUGCGCCUGCGCUGCUGCUAUCGAGAUGGGGUCUGCUACCAUCAGCGGCCGGAUGAAACCAUGCGCAAGAAGCACAUGUGGGCCCUGGGCUGGACCUGCGGAGGCCUCCUCCUCCUGAUCUGCAGCAUCUGCCUCUUCUGGUGGGCCCGGCGCCGGGACAUGCUGCACCUCCCAGGCUUCCUGCGGGGCAAGUGCGACCUGUCUAGGACCGUGUCACUGCUGUCCAAGGAGCGGGAGACAAGCCAGAAGACGCCUUCUGUCAGUCAAGCACCAGCUGGGUCCGCUGGGAUGGAAGUUUUGGGGAGUGCUGAAGGGGAGGGUGAAGAGACGGAAGGUGGCGAGGAAGAGGAAGAUUAGGAAUAUAUCAGGGGACCCCU